AUGAGCCCAUCCGCAGAGUCCAAUGGUAUCGCUGCAAGUACAGUUUCUCAAAUCAAACAACGCUACAAGAAGGAACACGAUAAGAGGCUCCGCAGUGAUGGCCUCAGCCAGUUUACCGACUUGUACAGCGUUCCAAAAUUCCAGCACUUCAAGCAGGAUCCCUGGGUAGACCAAUCAACAUAUGACAAGUUACCCCGCGCGACAAACGGAGACAGUUGCGAUUUUGCAAUAGUCGGUACUGGCAUCGGCGCCCUGCUCUUCGCAGCGAGACUGGUAGAGGCUGGGGUUAAGCCCGAGAAUCUUCAGUUCAUCGACACAGCAGCAGGCUGGGGUGGUACUUGGUACUGGAAUCGCUACCCUGGCCUCAUGUGCGACGUGGAAAGUUACAUCUACAUGCCUCUUCUCGAGGAGACGGGAUAUAUCCCCAAGAACAAGUACUCAACUGGAAAAGAGAUUCGCGAGCACCUUGAGCGGAUAGCUUCCAAAUACGGCUUGACUGGUCGAGUUUGGUUUCGAACUCGAAUGGACGAAUGUGUCUGGGAUGAUGACAAAAAGGAGUGGGCUAUGAAACUUGCGGAACUGGUUCACGAUGGCAAGGAGCGCGAAGCUGUCACUGUGACAUCUCGGUUCGUCAUUUUGACUACGGGCCUCAUGCUCGUUCCGCAAGUUCCCCGGAUCAAAGGCAUCGAAAACUUCACGGGAGACUGUUUCCACCCUGCUCGAUGGGAUUAUAACAGUACCGGGGGGACCCCGGACGAUCCAUCAAUGGUACGACUGAAAGACAAGAAAGUCGGACUCAUCGGCACUGGUGCUUCAGCCAUUCAGAUCUUGCCCGAGUUGGCCAAGUGGUCCAAGGAGGUCUACGUCUUCCAACGGACGCCAUCUGCUGUCGCCGCUAGAUAUAAUCGCCAGACAGACGAAAGCCUGUUCAAGAGCGAAGUCGCCAACAAGCGUGGCUGGUGGGAGGCGAGAUGUCUGAACUACUGCGCCCACCUGAACAACCACAAUCCGAAGCCACCGGUCGAUCUCGUCAACGAUAGCUGGACAAAUAUGCCAUCUUACAGUGCGAUAUCAGGCUCGCCUGCCCACGAUCCCAAGACACCUCAAGAGAUGCAGGAAUACUACGCCUACUUGGAAGAGCUCGACCUCAAGAGGCAAAGCAAGAUACGUGGGCGUAUUGAUGACUUGGUCAAGGACUCAGAAGUCGCUGCCAAGUUGAAGCCAUGGUAUUCCGGCUGGUGCAAGAGACCGUGCUUCCACGACGAAUAUCUCGACGCAUUCAACAAUCCCCGUGUGCAUCUCGUUGACACUGAUGGACGUGGCGUCCAGGAGAUCACAGAAACCGGGGUUGUGGUUAAAGAAGAACACUUCGACAUAGAUGUACUCGUGCUAAGCACUGGUUACAAGAGUCCUUUCCUCUACAGUCCACCAGGCCGAGUCGGCAUCAAGGUCUUCGGCCGCAACAGGGUCGAUCUGGACGCCAAAUGGAGUUCGGGCGUGACGACAUUACAUGGUAUGAUGAGCCACGAUUUCCCAAACAUGUUCUGGCCUGGCUUCAUCCAGGGCGGUGGGAAUCCCAACUACACGUUCAUCGCCGACCAAGCCGCCAAGCAGUUUGCUUACCUCGUGGCCACUGGCGCUAAAGAGGCUCAGAACAAUGUCUCCCACGACAGCCGCUACGAGUACAACUUCACCAUCGAGGCAACCGCCGAUGCUGAGGAGGAAUGGGCGCAGAAGAUUGUGAGCCAGGCCCACAUGUUUGGGGCUUCGGCUGGCUGCACGCCCAGUUACAUCAACGCCGAGGGGGAGUUUGAGGGUGUAAAGGACCCAAAGAAGCUUGCUCGAAUGGCGCGUAUGUCGAUCUGGGGUAAAGGACAGGAGGACUACAAUAAGAUUCUGCGAGCUUGGCGAGAAAGCGGUAGUCACCAAGGUGUUGACAUCAACCCAGUGUAG